ACAGACGGCAUCCGGCAAACCGGGCUCUGUGGAGGAAAAUCUAAGCUAGGUUAGACAGUUCUGGGUCAUUCGGCGGAUCUGUCGGCAACGGUUCGGACUUUGUGGACGCGUCAUUAUAUAUUUUCUCAGGUAUGUAUUUUAAGCUAAAGCUGUUUCUAUGAUUAGAGAGAAGGAAACAUGUAUUUUAUUAUGUGUCAUUGUUUUUCUAAUACAAAGCUGACAGUUACAAAACAAGACAACGUCAUUACGUAGCCUCGCAGCUAGCCUCCCUGCGGCUAUUUGCUGUUAGCUUCCCUGUCUUGUAUUUACCUGUGUCUGGUCUUUUUGUUUGACAGUUUGGAGAUAAAUCAGGUGUGUUUUUACCCUCUAGAACAAAUAAAAUCAUGCUGCUUCGGAAAGUGAGCCAGUCUUCCGCUCUGUGCGGCGCCAUACUGAGGAUCCCACCCGUCUUGUCAGGGUAAGGAAGGUUAUUGUUGUGCUUUUAUGCGAAAAAAAGAGGAAUCAUUUGUUUGAAACCACAAAAUAUUAAUUAUAGUUUUAUUUUUUUCUUGUCUAUAGAGGUCAGCGUCAUGCAGGGGCUGUGGUUGCCGUCCAGAAUGCACGUCUCUACGCCAGCCAAGCCGCAGAGGUAAAUAUCCUAGAAUUAUUAACAAUAAUUUACAACCAAACAUCAUCAUCCUGUUACAUAAGCUUGUGUUUGUUGUCAUGUUGCAUUCUGGGUGAUUCUAUUAUAUCGAUGAGCCGUCUGAAAGUCCUUGUUUGGCCUCGGUGGGAGCUGCCUGAUAUAACACUGACAGUCCCUGCUGGAAGUGGGGGAAAGUUCACUGGUCACAUGGUGUCAUAAAGGUGACACUGAAGUGGAAGUGGGUGACUGCAGUUGUCCAGGAAAGGCAGUCUUAGGGAGGACAGCAGUCUUGUUGACACCUACAAUAUUGUGUCAAAUGAAACCUAAUGCUGCUCGGUUGUAUUUUGUUCUGCCGUAGCUGUAUUUGUGACAAAAUGGAGGGCUGUCAAUCAGGAACAGGUAUUUUGACAGUGUAGAUGACUGUUUCAGGCUCAUUGAGUCAUGGAAACAGACCCUCAGUGGCUGUAACUACUGCAUAAUAGAUGUAAUGGGGAGAUGUGUAAAGGGACAACACAACUGUUUUUAAGAUAUUGAUUAUUAAUCUGAUAGGAAGCAACAUGUCAAUAUGAGCGCUUGUAGCACACACACAGUCAGGUGUGAGUCUGAAAUCUAAUCAAAUUUUAUGAUCAUGUUGUUUUAUUAAGGGUUCAUUUAGGGUGGGUUUAUUAUCUGCACCAUAAAAUAUGUGGCAGUGACUCAGCCAUUUAAAAGCCCAUUGAGGUUUGAUCUUUACAGGUGGUCCAACUUCAACAGGAACUUGUUUUCCCAGUUUAUUGUUCGACGCCCCAUCCUCAGGUAAUCCUGCUGGGCACGAUCUGCAAACUGACCAGAAUACACAGGAUAACCCAACCCUAAAACACUCAGCCAUGACAGUCAUCUCACUACAAAAAACAAUAUAACAAUAAUCAAUAUGCUGAUUAACGUUAGAAGUCAUUAGAAAUUUGUUGUAGAAAUCUCCUUAUUAAACGCUCUGUCUGACUUAGUCUGUCCGGCGUCACCUUUCACCUAUUUGGAGCUUGAAAUCAGACCUUGUGAGUCUCUCCUGGCUGCUGCCCUCAGAGUGAAUGGAAAAAUUUUCUGUCAUUUCUCACUGGACUCCAACAUCAGGUCGUUUUAUUUGCAGCGUCAAACAGCCUCUGUUUACAUUCGUCAUGUUAGGUGUUUAAAAUAGUUCUCUGACUUGUGGCCUCGAGGGUGUUUUCUAACUCAACUUUGACCUGAAGUGCUCCAUUCAGAUUGUUUAUUUAAGCAAUGUGUGAAAGUAAAACCUCCAUCUCUUAUAAGCAGUGGGUGUUUUUGGUCACUUUGUGUUCACCACAUGACUUUUUGCUCGUUUUCUCUUUAGGCUGUGCUGGAGAAACCUGCUGCAGUCGGCACUGAAGCUGCAACCAAAGUGGAAAAACCAGCUGUUGCCACCGUAAGUCUGUCUGUAAUGAGCUGUAACUCACAAUUAUAUGGAGGUUUUAGCACUUCUAGAACUUUUUAUUUAUAGUUUUUCCAUAAACAUUGAACAGUAUCUGAGACAAGAUUAGUGGUGUAGAAAAAAAUAUAGAUAAAUAAAAUUACUAAUAAUACUACUACUACUCCCAACAACAAUUUAAUAAUAAUAAUAAUAAUAAUAAGGAAAAACAAACAGGAUAAACAAAUAGACAAAGAUAAAUAAGUAAAAAAAAUAAAAAAAUGGAUAACUAAAUAAUACAGAAUGAUUAAAUGAUAGGAUAAUUUUAAGAAAAGAAAUAAAGAGGAGAGGAGGAAAAGGGCAAAUUCACAUCAUGUGAGCAUCCAUUUCCAUUACUCACUAUCUGCCUUUAAUAAUAAUGGUUACAAAUCUGAAGUUUUAAAGCUGAGUUUACCUCAAGGGUACAAAAAGUUACACAAGUACUGUUUGCGUCUGACAAGGAAACACUCCAGGGGGUCGUUUACAUACUCCUGUUUGCUCAUUCUUCACUAUGUUUGACCUUGUCUCCCACAGGAAUCCAAAUCUUUCGCCGUCAACCUUUUCAAAGGACAGAUUCAGACCGCGCAGGUGUUCCCCUACCCCUCAGGUAACUCGGAUAAGUCUGAAGCGUGUCACUGAAAAGCAAUAUUUAAAAGUAAGACAGGUGGAAUAAUCCAAACUUUUCCCUUGUUGUGUCAAAGUCAUGAAUACCGAGCAGGAGGAGUUUCUCCGAGAGCUUGUGGGACCUGUCGGCAAGUUUUUUGAGGUAAUCUUGAUCUUCUGUGAAGUCUUACCAAGUUUUAUGAGGACCCUUAUUUUGACCCUGCAUGCGUUUAUUUGUCCUCUCUGUAGGAGGUGAAUGACCCCGCCAAGAACGAUGCUCUAGAGAAGGUGGAGGAUCACACCAUGGAGGGGCUGAAGGAGAUGGGUGCCUUUGGCUUGCAGGUGCACCCUGACCUGGGUGGCCUCGGCCUCACGAACACACAAGUACGUCUUUGUUAGACGGCCUAAAUCUAGACCACGUUUUUCCUUUACCAUAAAAAAACCAGACCCUCUGGAUCUAAUAUGAUCAACUCCACCUUUUGUUGCAGUACGCACGGCUUGUAGAGAUCGUGGGCAGCCAUGAUCUGGGCGUUGGCAUCACUCUGGGUGCCCAUCAGUCUAUCGGCUUCAAGGGUAUUCUGCUCUUUGGAAAUCCAGCCCAGAAGGAGAAGUACCUCCCUAAGCUUGCUUCAGGUAAACGGGAAAAGUGUCCGAAUCUCGGUUUACGUACAUCUUCAGGAGAUAAACGUCAGCCUGCUUGAGCAUGCUGAAUUUCCUGAAUAUUUCCUGCAGCUAACUCACAUUUUACCGGGAAAUUUUAUUCAGAAGCAAUUUUUUUGUUUGGGUUCACACUCAGAAAACUUUAAUGAAAGUAAUAAUGAAUUGAUUUAGAGCAUAUUCAAUCAAAGGGCUUCAUAUUUCUGUGUCUUUGCAGGUGAGACCAUUGCUGCCUUCUGCCUCACCGAGCCAGCCAGCGGUUCCGACGCCGCCUCCAUCAGGUCCACAGCGGUCCAGUCCCCCUGUGGGAAGUACUUCACCCUCAGUGGAAGCAAGAUCUGGAUCAGGUGAGGACACAGGGAUUCACAAAUGCCUGUUUCUGCGUUCACCACUAGAGGGCAGCGUUAUUUCAUGAAACUGGCAGCAGCUUCUUGUCUUUUCAGAAUCUAAUGCUCCGUUUUUCUCCUCACAGCAAUGGAGGUCUUGCUGAAAUCUUCACAGUUUUCGCCAAAACGCCCAUGAAGGAUCCAAAGACCGGAGAGAUGAAGGACAAGAUCUCUGCCUUUAUCGUGGAGAGGAGCUUUGGAGGAGUGACACAGUAAGAACACCUGUUUUUUCCAGAUUAUGUCUAGGUUUGAUUCUCAUUUUGCUGACACAUCUUUUGUUUUCUCCACCACAGCGGACCCCCUGAGAAAAAAAUGGGCAUCAAGGCGUCCAACACAGCCGAGGUCUACUUCGAUAACGUCCGUGUGCCUGCAGAUUGUCUUCUGGGCGAGCUGGGCGGAGGUUUCAAGGUGGCAAUGAACAUCCUGAACAACGGGCGCUUCGGCAUGGCGGCUGCUCUCUCUGGCACCAUGAAGGGUGUUAUCACUAAAGCUGUGAGUAUAAGUGUGAAAGCAGAGCGUCGGCUUUAGAUCUUCUGCCGCCUUUGCCCUGUCACACCUCACUUUCAGUCUUGUGUUUCCACCGGUGUGGGUUCAUGGGAAAUUCCCUGUUGUGCAGUUAUUGUGGUUUGUUUCUGUGGUGCAGCUUCCUGCUGAGUCGCUAAAGACUAAAGUGUGCUCAUCAUGUCUGCUGAAAUUUGAACAUUUUUCACCCAAAAUACAACCAAGCCUGGAUUUAUUAAAAAAAGGAAACAACAACAAUUGGUGAAGGACUUGUAAUAAGUUCAUAAAGGGAUAUAAAACAUGAAAACAUGCAGCAGGGACAGGCUGAAUAAGCUGCCUUAUGUGCCGAAAAACGAAUUGAUUAAUUCUCAUCACCAGACAAGAAACACUUUUAAGAUUUUCUCUUUUCUUUUUCCCACAGUCCAGGUUACAGUGCAGAAAAAAACAAACACUUUUUAAUUUGAAUUAUGGUAAAUUGAGUGAUAGUUGUUUAACUUUUAAGAUAUAAAGAGUGUUGAAAGGCUGUAACACUGUGUUAAAAGCUUCUUUAAAGACCCACUCCAAUAAAAAUAAUGUUUUUCUUGUUUUUUUACAUGUUCAUAUGGCAUUUUUCUGAUGCUACAGGACAUAGUAUUUCUUCAUUUAAAUCGUUGUGAAUCCCUGGCAGACCCAAAUGGCAGCAUCAGAAACAGUGAGAUUUUCUACGUCACAAAUCCAAGCUCCGCCCCGGAGCCCGGCUAUUCAGACUACACUCUGCAUAUAGAGGAGAAAUAGAGGAUGAUCGAGAACAAGCGUGUGCGUUAGCUGAUUUCAAAAGACACUAGAGUCUGAGAGCUGAAUAGCUCCUGUGUUACCUGCCACGUCUGCUGCAUAAGCAAUGUUAGUCUCACGCGCAGACGAGUGUGCAGAGCAGCGCUGUCUCCGCCCACGACUCAGAGGCAAAUUGCUAAUGACCUACUGGAGCUCUGCAGAAGAAAAGCCUUUGAAAAUGACAUCGGUAACGCGAUUUUGGCUAAAAUCUUCCUAAUCACAAUUUUAAGACCACUGAGAACACUGAAAGUCGUGGAAAAAAGAAACAAUUGGAGGGACUCUUUAAAUUAAAAUAUCCUUUUACAGGCAAAUAUUGAACAACAAAAAACAAAGAAUAUCAGGAAAUUAAAACACAUUACAGACUCUCAUGCAUUUCAAGUAAUAGAAAGAAGUGCAGGUAAUUGAACAUGCAGAGUUGUGUUUUUGUUAAAGAGAAAUAAGGAUUCAGUUGUAGAUAAAUCCAGAUGUACUUUUCUUUGUUUUUCUACAAUGUGUGUCAAACUAUAAUCGUUCUUUACAGUGUCACCAUCUCACUUUGUUUGUUUUCAGUUUUUUUUGCGUUUUCUCUGAAACCACAGAGCAGUGUGGUCAUGUACGCUUCUACUUAAGCGCCUGUAGCCCACCACAACGUGUCGUCUGACAACACUUCUUCUUUAUGAGCACAAGAGAAAAAAAAAACCCACUGUGACACUGAAACAAGGACAGAAAAAAAGUGCACAGAACUUGUCGCGCUCUGAGAGUUUGAGGAAGUGUCCGGGUUUCACGCGGUCUGCUGCUUUUAAAACAAAGACUCUGAAAUUAUGUGUGUGAAGCGUUAGUAACCGCCAUUUUUCUCCCCCCCUCCUCUCUUCAGGUGGAUCACGCAGUCAACAGAACCCAGUUCGGGAACAAGAUCCACAAUUACGGGGCGAUCCAGGAGAAGAUCGCUCGCAUGAUUUUGUUGCAGUAUGUGACCGAGGUUAGAUAAUUUCAAACACCCUCAUAAUUCACAUCUAAACCAGCUGUUCGGAAAAUCUUUGAAAAGAGACAUCAACUUCUGAUAACCGAGGCAGAAAACCAACACAGACAUAUCUUCCAUCAGGUGUUAGUUCCUAUCUUACCAGAAACAUCACCUUGCAACAUCAAACUGACUGUAAGCCUGAGGAUGUGUAGAUAUGUGUAUUUCCUGCCUGAUUAUCGUCCUCUAGUCAUUGCAGCUGCAGUCAGUUUCCUCAACGUGAAGAAAGAUAUCAUCAAAUUUUGCUGACUCGACUUCCUUUGUCUGUUUGCAGUCGAUGGCCUACAUGAUCAGCGGCAACAUGGACAGUGGAGCGACUGAAUUUCAGAUAGAGGCCGCCAUCAGCAAGAUCUUUGCCUCAGUAAGAACUCUGAUAACACAAGUUUGAAAGCUUUCACAUGUGAACCAGAAAUGUUCACAGUCUCCCAUAAUUCCUUGCUCUUAUCUCACAGCCUCUGGUCUCUGUUUUCUUGUUUCUAACCAUCACAGGAAGCAGCCUGGUUGGUGACCGAUGAGUGUAUCCAGGUUAUGGGCGGCAUGGGUUUUAUGAAGGUGGGUUUAACACAAACUGCAUUAAACAAGUGACAAAAGAUUCAGUGGUAUUUUCAGAUCACUUGGUUUUCAGGUGAAGUUAAAAAGAGAUGUUUACACUGCCAAAAUCUAAAGUUCUGCUAAAAGUUCUGAAGCAGCUCAUUUUGUCUGGAAGAACCAGCAUCAAAAAUGGACUACAUGAGGCAUCCUGUCCACAAAUAUCUGUCUGAUUCGAUGUUUAGAAUAGCCUGUGUUUUGACUGAAGGAACCUUAGAAGAACCACAACUAUUUGAGUAACUCUAAAGUUUGUUUCAGAAUAUGUUUACAUCAACUUAAACUUAAAAGACACACGUCAAAAAAUUACUUGUCUCACCGUCCUUGUGGCUGAAAGAUUUCCCUUUUUUUUAACAUAGUUCCCUAAAUGUCAAACGGGAACUAUUAUAGAAAUUUCUGUCACCUUUUAAUUUGAGUACAACAUACACAGUCUAAAUAGUGCCUGGUCUAAGUAAGCCUUUAUCACUGCUGGAACUCUGAGUGCAUUCCACACUAUCUUAAAAGCUCCUGGCAAAAAAAGUUGUUUCAUACUGCAGGAACUUUUGCUACAACAUACACAUUGUAAAAAGUUCCUGGGUCAAAAAUGCAGUUUUUCACUGCAGGGACUUUGAGUGGAUCCCACACUAUCUUAAAAGUUCUUGGCUAAGAAGUUCUGGUUCUUGGUCAGAUAAAGUGGUUUUCACUGCAGGAACUUUGACAGCAGCAUACAGUCUAAAUAGUUACUGUGUCAAAAAUAUUGUUUUUACUCCUGUAACUCUUACUGCAACAUACACAGUGUAUAAAGUUCCUGAGUCAAAUAAGGUAGACAAUCCCAGGAACUCUGACUGCAGUCGACACAGUCUUUAAUUUCUAGGUUAUAUAAACUGUUUCUUACUGCAGGAACUUUUACUGCACAGGACAAGUCUUAAUAGUUCCUGUGUCACAAGGGGUUUUCACUGCAGGACCUUAGACUGUAGCAUACAGUCUAAAUAGUUCCUGUAAUACAAAAUAGUGUUUUUACUCUAGUAACUCUGACUGCAACAUACACAGUGUAUUAAGUUCCUGGGUCAAAUAAAAAAGGCAAUCCCAGGAACUUUGACUGUAGUGGACACAGUUUUUUUAAUUUUUGGGUCAAAUAAACUGCUUCUUACUGCAGGAACUUUUACUGCAUACGAUAAGUCUGAAUAGUUCACAUGGCGUAGGGUCACAUCAAUUGGUUUUCACUGCAGGACCUUAGACUAUAGCAUACAGUCAAAAUAGUUCUUGGGUCAAAAAUAUUGUUUUUACUCCUGUACCUUUGACUUCACAGGAUGGGUCUUAAUAGUUCCUGGGUCAAAUAAAUUGUUUUUUACAGCAGGGAUUUUACUUCAACACUGUCACUUUUAAUAGUUCCUGGGUUAAAUAAAGUAGACAAACCCAGGAACCCUGACUAUAGUGGACACAGUCUUUUUAAUUUCUGGGUUAAAUAAGCUGGUUUCUUACUGCAGGAACUUUUUCUGCACAGGACAAGUCUUAAGAGUUCUUGGGUCAAAUAAGUUGUUUUUAAAGCAAUGAUUUUACAACAACACUGGCACUUUUAAUAGUUCCUGGGUCAAAAGAACGUUUAUUUCAUUGCAGGAACAUUGGCUAGGACAUGCACAGUCUUUAUAGUUCCUGUAUGUAAAACAUAUUCAAAUAGUUCCUGGGUCAAAUGAAUUUAUUUGUGUACUUGUACAGUAACAAAAUCCUUAUAUCUUAAUGGUCUGUUGUUGUUGUGUGGGAGCGUGGGUUUUGUAGUUCUUGGUUGAGCUCUUUGUUUCUCGUUGGGACAUCAGUAGCAACCUUUUGUUAUUUCGACUUCUUCACACACGUGCCUGCAGCGACAGCCGCCUCAGAAAAGUCACGUAUGCUCUGCUGUUGUGGUUCAGAGUGACAUUAUUACUACAUGUAAGUCACUUGACCUCAAUAGAAACUGAUACCAUAUAAACUUUUGGUUUUUCCAGAGGAAAUAAAAAAACCAGAAUAGAUCUAUACGAACCAGCUGAAGAAACGGGGGCGUAGUCGAGCCACGUGAACAACAACGGUGCUCUGCUUAAAAUAAACCAGACACCACCUUUUAAAGAGAAGUGCAGCUUCACCAGCUUCUCUGUGCUCUGGAAACUUUGCUCAGUCAUGGAACAAAGCACCGAAAAAUACACAAAAUUGAAAACCAUUGCUCAUAUUUCUGAUCUUUAAACUUUAGAAGUUCACUCCUUAUCAGCUAGUUUGUUCGAGUGGAAUAUUUAGCAGAUAUUUUUGUGCUUUUAUCCACAUUUGUAAUGAUUUAGUGGAGAAGUGAAUCUUUCUGUCUCAAAGAAAGGAAGGAUAAACAGAUUUAGCAGCUUGAAAGUGAACUCACAUAGCACUUUUAUUAAGGAAGCAGAGUUAAAAUGGUCCUUGUUCUCUUUCAUUUCUGCUUUUCCACACUGAACUACAUCAACGUUUCAGUUUAGGGUUAGGGUUGGCCAUUACUCCUCUCUAUGUAAGAACCUACUGAAGAUGUCCCUGUUUCUGUGUGAUAUAUGAUCCUGAUUCCAGCUGAUUGCCUCAUCUUGGUUACUCAUUAUGCAAAAAGAGUCACAACCCAGUGACUCAAAUCAAGAGGGAAAUUCAGUUCCACGGUAUUUUACGCAUCAGCGCGUUGAAGUAAUUCCCACGGGGUCUUCAUGGUUUGUUCUAAACAAGAAUUCAGAUCAACGUGAGAUUUGCUUAAAACAUGACAUCGCCUGACAGUGAGUCUCCUCUAAAAGGAAAAUUAGUCCUUUUAUUGAGAGAAACUCAACUUUACUGUACGGCAACAGUGGAAGAGGCGUCUAGAAUGCUGGGUUCUGGAAUUUUAGGGAAAAACUCAUAAACCGUCUAUGUUUUUUUUCUGUAUUUGUUUUUUUCCUGGACAUCACUUGACAGUAAGCCUCCUCUUAUAGGAAAAUUUGUCCUUUUAUUGAGAGAAACUCAACUUUGCUGCACAGCAACAGUGAAGGAGGCGUCUAGAAUGUUUGGUUCUGGAAUGUCGGGGGAAAAGCUCAAAAACCGUCUUUGUUUUAUUUUUGUAUUUGUGAUCCCAGGACUCCGGAGUGGAGAGAGUGAUGAGGGAUCUGAGGAUUUUCCGAAUCUUCGAGGGCACCAACGACAUCCUGCGGCUCUUCGUGGCCCUUAACGGCUUCCAGGUAGAUGUUCACCCCCUCCCCACCCCCUCACUAAUUCAGGCAAAUGAUAACAAAUGUGGAAAAGUACAGAUGCUCCGCAGAGAGGAAGUGAUUUCUGCUGUCUGUCUGAAACACCAGCUGUACUUCCCAUGUGCUUUUACAAGACGCUGAAACAUCUUACCGGUUUAUCAAAAUGCAACUUCCUUUUACUUAUUUAUAAUCCGAGGGACUGCAGAACGAAUAUCCUGCCUUCUCUCUUCAUUAAAGACAUUUUUAGCGACAAAGUGUUUGAGCGGACGAGUUUGUUCUCCUCCCUGCAGAGUGCUGGAACCCAGCUGAAGAGCUUGCAGAAGGCCCUGAAGAACCCCAUUGGAAACGCAGGGAUGCUCGCUGGAGAGAUCACCAAGAGAGCCAAGAGGUUACAACACACAAGCACACACACACACACACGCACACACACACACACACACGCAGAGUCACUUUACUUUCUAUUUGGGGACAGGAAGUCAAAAACUGUUGCAGUUCAAGGUGGUAGAUGAGGACUUCCCUUAAAUGACUGAUCUGUUUUUCCUUUCUUUACUUUAAUGUUAGUUACAGCCUUUAUAAUUUCAUCCUGCUGUUUCCAAAUUAUCCAUAUUUUUACAUUAUUUUUAAUCCUUUAUUAAAAAUGAGUUAUGAUGUUAUCUUCAUUUAAUGUGUGGUGAAUCUAGGAUACAUGGAAAUCUCACUUUUUAGGACUGGUUGCACGUUUGAUUUGCCUGCUUGUACUCAUCUAAAGAUAUCAUGUUGCAAACGAAACCAUGUCUCACACUUCCACAUUGUUUUCCUGUGAUACAGAUACCUGCUAACCUCUGCUGUUGCGCAACUUUCCACCGCUCAGCAAGAGGAGAAAAUGUCGUCUGCACCUUCUCACAUCUGAUUUUCUUCUUGUAGGAAGGCAGGUUUGGGGACAGGACUGACGCUGCAGGGGACUGUACAUCCAGAGCUGGCACAAAGCGGGGAGCUGGUCAGUCAAACCUGUUUUUUGGGAUUAUAUUUGUCAUAUAUUUUCAGUUUUAGGGCUUUCCCAUGUUAUUUUUCAAAAAUUAAACAGAAGACGUCUCUGUUUCCAGACCACAAAAGCCAUCGAACAGUUUGGAGGAGUCGUUGAAGAGCUUCUGAUCAAACACGGCAAGAAAAUCAUCGGUAAGAGUGUGUCAGAUAUUAACCCCUCUGUGUCUUAAUCAGGAUGUCGUGGUUUGUUUAUGUGAUGGUGCGAAAUUUCACUCAAAGCAAUUUCCUGUCAUAGAUGAACAGUUCGUCCUGAAGAGAGUCGCAGACAGCGCCAUCGACCUCUACGCCAUGAUUGUUGUCCUGUCCAGGUACGAGACCGAACAUGUUUACACUCCGUCUCUGUCCCCCGCCAUGUUUUUACAAACCGCAGCGUCUCACUUUCAGUCCUAGUCGCCCACUUUCACCCACGUAUAAACGUCUAAACCUGACAUUUGUCUUCCCCCUCCCUGUUCAGAGCCUCGCGGGCUCUCAGUCAAGGCUCUCCCUCAGCUCAGCAUGAGAAGGUUCUGUGUGAGACCUGGUGUAUGGAGGUAAGACGAGCAGCACUUCUAUUGUCGAAUGAACGUUUUGAAAGUGUUUAUUUGAGCUCAAGUAGUGAACACCUCUCCGCUCUCUUCAUCCCUCCAGGCGUACGACAGGAUAAUGCACGACCUGAAGGCUCUGCGCUCCAGCGAGUCCAGGAAGCUCUUCAAGAACCUGCAGGCCAUCUCCUCAGCCGUGGUGCAGAACGGCGGCGUGGUGGCUCCUCACCCUCUGGGUUUCUAAACGCGCCUACGUAUCGUCACACCUGACUGUUAAAUUUUAUCUGGAUAUCUAGCAGGCUGAGAGGAGGGGUUAGUGUUUUAGUUGACGAGUGUUUAUUCUCAUCACCAUCAGUGCUUCAUGUAUUUAAAAUCAGCUCUUCACUUACCUCCAUAGAUUUUAUUUUCAGUCUGUUUGAAAUCAUUUUUUUUCUGUUGUUAUUUAUUUCGGUACUGAUCGUGGAUCUCUGCGAGAACAGAAAAUAACAAAUCGAUCAACGAUAAGACAGUAAAACCUCUGAUAGACCUGCUCCACGACUGAACACCUCAAACAGUUUCCUGUCAGCCUUUAGGACCGUUGUUAAAAAUCUGUCGGAUCAUCAAGUGAGUUUAAAAGAGUGAUGAGUCAUAUUUUAUUUUAUUUUUAUAAAUAAUACAACAUAAAUGCAACUUUUAAGUAUAAACUCAUCUGUUUUAGGGGAUUUAGCCUCUGCUUUAAUUUGUUUUAUCUCCAUAGUGAAGAUCAAAUGUAUAUAACUGUGUGGUGUUGAUGUUCUUGAAUGCCUUUCUGCAUGUCGAAUAAGCUCGCUCGGUGCUCAUGACAGAAACUUUAACAUCAGGAGCAAAAAAAAACCCUUUUUGCCUUACAAAACCGGUCCACAGAUGCUGAAGAGUCCGCUUCCUCCACUAAAGGCGCCAGGUUUCAUUUAAUGUAACAGCAGAAAAUAAACUUGGAACUUCACAGAAAUGA